AUAAAUAGAAAUAAAAUUAGUCAAAUAUGUUAAAUACAAAUUGCCAGCUUAAAUUGCAUCUGUAUCUUUGUAUCUUUUCUCUGUAUCUAUUUGCAUCUAAAUAACACUCAACUAAACUCAAAGCUCAAACUAAACUAAACUAAACUUUGCUAAUUAAUAACAAAAAUGCAAACGCAAUUUCAACCCAGAUCAAAUAUAUCGAAAAUACCAAUUAAAAUUCGAUUCAGUCAAUCAGCCAAGCUACCAGCCAAUCAUCAAUUGCAACUGCCAUUUAAUCAUUCAGCAACAUCCGCAACAACUACAACAACAACAAAAGCACACACAAUAAAUGCAACAACAAAUGGUAAUAAUAAUUAAAUAAAUCCUAAACGCACGUCAUUAAAUUCACCACUUAAAACGAGUUUAAAACCAAUGAAAGCCAAACAAAACGAAAAGAGCUGAAAAAAGAAAUAAAACAAACCAUAAAAAAAUAGCCAUAAAAAUAUUUUUAAAAUAAUUUCUCAAUUAAUUAUGGAACAUUCAUCAACAUAUUUGUUGUGUUUGUUCCAUUGCCAAAACGAAAAGGCCGUCGCCCGCUUCCAGCUGCAGCCAACAAAGCAACAACAACGACAACCGCUGAGGCAAGUUAAUAGCGAGACAACAAAAGCAACAACCGCAGCAAACAAACAACAACUGCAACUACAACAACUCAACGCACGUCACUCAACGCUUUCUCUGGGCAACAUUUCUCAACUGAACGAAACAACGAUAUUAAACUGAACAGCAAAACUACAAAUUUUAAACUUAACAUUACCAACUGCGACCAAAGGUUUCUCAAGCUCUUUCUAAAACAAAAACAAAAAACAUAAAAAAUCACAAAGAGCUGAAGUAGUAUUCAAAUGAUGUAAAAUCAAAUAAAAACUGCGACUCUGGUUGAGCAGACAAAAAACAAAAAAAAAAAAAACACCCCCUGAAACUGCGUAACCAGAAAACCGGAAAUUAAAUUUGCAACAGCCAUAACCUCAAAAAAAAAAAGUAAAAUAAAUAAAAGUAGUGCAAACAAGCCACAGUAGAAGAAUUAAAAAAAUAAAUAACAUUGAAAAGAUAGCGAGAGAUAGAGAACCCAAAAAGGGAAUUAAGAAAUUUCGCUGGCAAAUAUUUGCAGAGAUUAAUGAAAGUGGAUUAGAGACGAGUUUCUAAAAUUGAAAACGAGAUAAAAGCGGCACAAAUAUCUUACACAUAACAAGAGCGAACGAGAAGGAGAACAAGGGAGCGAGAGAGAAAGAGGAGGAGCGACCAAUUGUGCAACAGAGACAGCGACUACUUGGCUGAGCUUGGCUGAACUUUGACCCACUCGACGCGUUUGUCUUUUCGCUCUUAGUGUUAAUCACGGCAAACGUGCCAGGACGAACAGGACGAACAGGUCGACCAGGCGGUGGCGUGGCGAGGGCCAAGCCAGGUGCUGGCUACUUAAAACCCGGGGCGUCAGGCCAACACAUUGUUGCAGACACUUUCACUCUCGCAACAGCUACAACAACAACAAUUUGUAAUUCCAACUAAAAGCAACGCAAAGCAACAACAACAACAAACAAAAAACCAAGGACAUGGACUCGUCGUCGUCGUGCUUGUCGCUGUUUGUCGCGUUGAUCUUCCUUGUGAUAAUUAAAGAAAGCUGUCAGGGACCACACGAGAAGCGCUUACUCAAUCACCUGCUCUCCACCUACAACACACUGGAGCGACCCGUUGCCAACGAAUCGGAGCCCCUGGAGGUUAAGUUUGGACUAACGCUUCAGCAAAUUAUCGAUGUGGACGAAAAGAAUCAGAUUCUGACCACAAAUGCGUGGUUAAAUUUGGAAUGGAACGACUACAACUUGCGCUGGAAUGAAACGGAAUAUGGAGGCGUCAAAGAUCUACGAAUUACGCCCAACAAGCUGUGGAAGCCCGACGUGCUAAUGUACAAUAGCGCGGAUGAGGGAUUCGAUGGCACGUAUCACACCAACAUUGUGGUCAAACAUAACGGCAGUUGUCUGUACGUGCCCCCUGGUAUCUUCAAGAGCACAUGCAAGAUAGACAUCACGUGGUUCCCAUUUGAUGACCAACAUUGCGAAAUGAAAUUCGGUAGUUGGACUUACGAUGGAAAUCAGUUGGAUUUGGUUUUGAAUUCCGAAGAUGGAGGGGAUCUUUCCGAUUUCAUAACAAAUGGCGAGUGGUACUUGCUUGCCAUGCCCGGAAAGAAGAACACGAUAGUCUACCAGUGCUGCCCAGAACCCUAUGUCGAUAUCACCUUUACUAUACAAAUACGCCGACGUACAUUAUAUUAUUUUUUCAAUUUAAUUGUACCAUGCGUGCUAAUAUCAUCGAUGGCUCUGCUGGGCUUCACAUUGCCACCGGAUUCGGGCGAGAAACUAACGCUGGGCGUAACUAUACUACUCUCAUUAACAGUAUUUCUAAACCUUGUUGCCGAGUCAAUGCCGACAACGUCGGAUGCUGUUCCUCUUAUAGGAGUUACAAUUCUUCUAUCGCUCACAGUGUUUCUCAACCUUGUAGCUGAGACAUUGCCCCAAGUAUCUGAUGCAAUCCCCUUGUUAGGCACAUAUUUCAACUGCAUCAUGUUCAUGGUUGCAUCGUCUGUGGUGCUAACGGUUGUGGUGCUUAACUAUCAUCAUCGUACAGCGGAUAUACACGAGAUGCCCCCGUGGAUCAAAUCCGUUUUCCUACAAUGGCUGCCCUGGAUAUUGCGUAUGGGCCGGCCUGGUCGCAAGAUCACGCGCAAAUCAAUACUAUUAAGCAAUCGGAUGAAAGAACUGGAAUUAAAGGAACGUUCUUCCAAAUCGUUACUCGCCAAUGUCCUCGACAUCGAUGACGAUUUCCGUCAUACAAUAUCAGGCUCACAAACCGCUAUCGGUUCAUCGGCUAGCUUCGGCCGACCCACAACGGUGGAGGAGCAUCACACUGCAAUAGGCUGCAAUCACAAAGAUUUACACUUAAUUCUUAAAGAAUUGCAAUUUAUAACCGCGCGCAUGCGCAAAGCUGACGACGAAGCGGAAUUGAUAAGCGAUUGGAAGUUCGCUGCAAUGGUUGUGGAUAGAUUUUGUUUAAUUGUUUUUACUCUCUUUACGAUUAUUGCGACGGUAACCGUGUUGCUCUCAGCUCCACAUAUAAUCGUGCAAUAAGGCCGCUCAAUUUAGACACGUUAAGCUACACAAACACACAAACGAACACAUGCAAACACACACAGACAUAUACAUCUACAGUAUAUGAGUAGAUGUCUAGUUAAGUUCAUUUUCAAAACAACUAGAGAAGCUGCUUCGCAAAAAAAAAGAAAAUAUUAAAAAAAAAAAAAAAAAACCAAACCAAAAAAAAAAAAAAAAAAAAUUGUUAAUUACAUUUUUAAGUCAAUGUGUAAGAAAAGGAAAAGAGGACAAAUGCGGGAGAAAGGGAAAACAAAUACACACGCAAACACAUACACACAGAAAUUGUUGUGUAUUCAAAGGAAAAGAAGAAAUAUU